AUGAGACCAGCUAUACCUCUUGACUAUGCUGUCUUCCAACUUUCUCCAAAGCGGUCAAGAUGUGAGUUGUUUGUGUCGACUGCGGGGAAUACGGAGAAACUCGCAUCCGGACUGGUGAAACCAUUUGUUGCUCAUUUGAAAGUUGCAGAGGAGCAGGUUGCUCAGGAAGUUCAGACUAUCAGGCUACAAGUUGAAAGCAACAAAAAUGCUGGGACUUGGUUUUCGAAAGGGACACUCGAGAGGUUUGUACGCUUUGUUAGUACCCCAGAGGUUCUAGAAUUGGUAAGUGCAUUGGAUGGGGAGAUGGCUCAGUUGGAAGCUGCCCGAACAAUAUAUGGCGAGGGGACUGGUGAUCAGAGAUCUAAUGCAAAAGAUGGCACAGAAACUACACCAGCAGCUGAUGUGACAAAGAAGGAGCUACUGAGAGCUAUUGAUUUACGGCUUGCAGCAGUUAAACAGGACUUAUCAACUGCUUGUAACCGUGCAUUGGCUGCCGGUUUCAACCCUGUCACUGUCUCCGAACUUAGUCAAUUUGCUGAUCAGUUUGGGGCCAACCGCUUGAAUGAAGCAUGUGCCAAGUUUAUCGCACUUUGCCAGAAAAGGCCAGAGCUUAUGAGCUCUUGGAGGUUCAACCAGGAAGAAGAAGCUAUACGUUCUUCCUGGGAAUCUGAUAUGUCAAUUGAUGAUGAUCCCAGUGAAGAUCCAUCUAGAAACCUAGCGACUAACAAAACCCAACAACAUAGGGAACAUCAACCUGGUAUGGAAGAGCAGAGGGCAACAGCAAACAAUCAACAAGAAUCAAAGCUUGAUGAAAAGGAUGAAGAAGAGGAAAAAAGUCCUUUGCAAAAUGAGCCAGUAGCAAGUCAGUCUAGGCAACUCACGAGACGGCUUAGUGUGCAGGAGAGGAUCAACCUAUUUGAAAACAAGCAGAAAGAAAACUCUGGAGGGAAAGCAGCUGUGGGGAAAUCCACUGAGCUGAAAAGACUCUCUUCUGAUUUAUCUUCUUCUGCAGGCAUGGAAAAGGUUGUGGUACGAAGAUGGAGUGGUGCUAGUGACAUGAGCAUUGAUUUGGGAAAUGAUAGGAAGGAUGGUACUGGUGAUAGUCCAUUGUGCACUCCCUCGCCAUCAUCAGUGAACAAAGAUGGAAGCGGUAUAUCUUCGAAACAAUUUGCUGGCGUCAAUAUAAAAGAACAGAAUGGAUCGAGUCAAUCUGAGAAUUCUCAUAGGAAUGAGGACGAAGGUGAGUCUCAGAAUCCAAGUUCCGCUUUCUUACGAAGAGACAAGGAGGUAGACUUAAAGGUUCCAACGAGCACGGAUAAUCAAGUGGGACAUCAAGGAAAUCCUCAGGAUGGUUCGUUGGAGAAGAAUUCCAGUGGCACUUUGGAUCACUCAGAGAAGGCUAAUAUGGAUGAUGAGUCCGGCAACAAAAUGGGAGAUUUUGAAACAAACAGGCAGAACCGUAUGCAGUUUAGGGAUCCUCGGAGUCAUUCAUUGUCUACGUUACAGCAGUUAGGUGGUACUGAAUCUGAUAUCACAAGUGUUCGCAGCAACGGAGGAACUGCGGAAUCUCCUAGAAAAGAACCGUCAGAGAGGCAAUCACCACCAGUUGAGGAUCGCCAGAGAAAAACAGCGGUUUAUGGAGGUUCUGAGCAGAUGAAGAGGCCGCUGGGUAGAAGGACUGAGAUUGGUUCUGCGGAUGCAAACAAAAAGCCACCUUCAGCCAUUAACAGUGUUUUAGAUAUCUCCGAGAGUGAUACUCCGACUCAAAUGUCGACGUCAGAGCAAGUCCAAAGGGCAAGAGCGUCGAAAGGAAGUCAAGAGCUGAAUGAUGAAUUGAAAGUGAAAGCAAACGAGCUUGAAAAGCUAUUCGCUGAACACAUGCUUCGUGUGCCAGGGGAUCAGUCAAGUUCUGUCCGUAGAGGUAAGCCUGGGAAGCCAAGUGAACAGGCUGCGCCUUCACAGCUCAGAAGAUCUGUACCACAGGAUCCAUCUCCUGCACAAGUUUCUGAUCAGAAGACUCCAGCAAUGCCAACUUUAAGCUCAAACGAUGAAGACAAGUUCAAAACUCCGCCAACAAGGAAGGUGGUUGUUAACAAUGAGUAUACCGACACCACGAGGCAAACAUUUCCAGAAAUCAACUUUUCAGAUCAUUCCAGAGGAAAGUUCUAUGAGAAAUAUAUGCAGAAAAGAGACGCGAAGCUGAAGGAAGACUGGAGUUGUAAAAGGACCGAGAAAGAAGCCAAACUGAAGGUGAUGCAAGAUACACUUGAGCGUAGUAAUGCUGAGAUGAGAACCAAAUUUUCUCAGUCUGCUUCGAGACUUGAUUCAAAUGCUCGACGUGCAGAGAAGCUUGUGUACUUCAAUUCUAGGCUGAGUGCUAAAAAGGAUCAGCAUCCAAUUAGCUCAUUUCAAAGUGAAGAAGAUGAGGAUGUUUCCAGGAGCACACAGAGUAAGAAGCUACAACAACACAAAAACAAUUUCUUGACUCCUCGAACCACUGCUACAUCAGCUUCACGCUCAGCAGCCAAAGCUUCUGCACCUAGUGCUGUUAGGCGGAGAGGACAAUCAGACAAACUUCUUGCACAGUCAGUCCCUAACUUCUCCGAUAUCAAGAAGGAAGCCAUGAAACCAGCCUCGGGAGUUGGGAAAAACGGUGUCCGCUCGCAGGUGAGAAGCUCUGUCCGCCCAAAGACCGUUACUGAAGAAGAGAAGCUUCGAAGGCCUACGAAUUUCAGAAAAGGAGCUGCUGAAGCUGCUGAGCUGGCAGACUUCUCUGUACCUUUGAAUAUUGAGCAAGGUCAAAGCGGGAGGAAUGUUAUGAGUCUUGGAAUGGAUAUCAGCCCUGACAAUGCGCAGCUAAAGGCUUCAGAAGGAUCUGAUGCAUCAGACGAAAUGGAAAAAGAGGUGCUUGAUGACACUGAAGUGGAAGCUUUUACUGAUGCGGAGAACGAGAAGCCAAGACUCAGUCAGGAGUUUGAAGAAUGGAGUAGCACCGGGGUUGCAAAUGGUGAAUCUAUCUCUCAGCUUGACACUGGUUCAAAUGCUGAAAUACCUAAUGCUAUGGCUUCAAGGCAUCAAACCAUCGGCUCAUUUCUUGAUUCGCCAGGGGAAAGCCCUGUGACAUGGAACUCACGAGUGAAGCAUCAUCAGUAUCCAAACGAGGCAUCAGAACUUGAUGCUUCAGUGGACUCUCCAGUGGGCAGUCCUGCUUUCUGGAACCUAUCUUCACUUAACCAUACAGAGAACGAUACAGCUCAGAUGAGAAAGAAAUGGGGAGCUGCUCAGAAACGCGUCACUGCUGGUAAUCCAUCACAAAACCAACAGGAUGUGACAAAAGGUUUGAAAAGGCUCUUGAAUUUUGGAAGGAAGAACCGUGCGGCUGAGAAUUUGGCUGACUGGAUCUCUGCAACAACCUCUGAAGGAGAUGAUGACACUGAAGAUGGACGAGAUCUUGCAAAUCGAUCGUCAGAAGACUUGAGAAAGUCGAGGAUGGGGUUUUUACAGACCCAUCCGUCUGAUGAUAGCUUCAACGAGAGUGAGCUUUUCAGUGAACAAGCUCAAACCACUAACGUACCAUUGAGCUUUAAACUGAAGGAGGAUCAGACGUCAGGAACUUCUGUAAAAGAACCAAGGUCAUUCUUUUCACUCUCCAAUUUUCGUAGCAAAGGGAAAUGA